AUGGCAUCCAAUUCCACCCAUAUAGAAGGUCUUGCUCUCAGCUCAAACCUACCAGAUACAGUGCCCGGUCUCCUUCAAACGGUUGCGAGUCAUGGCAAAGACCUCAUUGCUCAGGAUCCCGAAGCACGGUUGAAGCUGCUAGAAGCUGCCCGAUCAUUGACUUAUGCAUUGGAAACCCCCCCGAGAAGCCAUUAUUCGACACUGCUGGUCCGAGGUGGACUAACGGGCAUUGCAUUUAAUCAGUCUACGAGUUAUGCUGCCUUAGAGACCGCCGUUGAUAUAAAUCUAUUCUCUGCGCUCGGCACAGAUGACAAACCGAAGACUGUCGCAGAGCUUGCUGAGGCAACCAGCGUGGAUCCAAUCUUGCUCGGGCGAUUAAUGAAACAUCUCGCUGCGAUUGGAACAAUAACCGAGACCGGCUACAACGAGUACUGCCCUACUGGCUUCUCAAAAGUUCUCACAGUUGAGAGAUAUAGCGAUGCAUUCCCGCUCAUGACUCGCCGUUUCACCAAAGGCAUCAUGGCCCUACCGGCCUUCCUCAAGAAAAACAACUACCGAAACCCCACAAGUCCCACAGAUACAGCUUUCCAGAUGGGUUAUGAGACAGACAUGGGUUUCUUCGGCCAUGUGCAACAGGAACCGCUCACGGCAAAGCAGUUUAAUAACCACAUGUCAGUCUACGCACAAGGCCGAGUCCGCUGGAUGGAUCCCGGUUUCUACCCGGUUCAAGAACAGCUUAUAGAUGGGGUCAGGAUCGGCGAGGACGAUGUCCUGCUCGUUGAUGUUGGAGGCAGCUUUGGUCAUGACCUAUCCGAUUUCCGUCGGAAAUGGCCUGGCCUCCCCGGUCGUCUGGUGCUUCAGGAUCUUCCUGAGGUGGUGGGUUCUGUCAAGGAUUUGCAUCCCUCUAUUGAAGUUACUAGUCAUGAUUUCUUUACUGAGCAACCAGUCAGAGGAGCCCGCGCAUACUAUAUGCACUCUGUUCUCCAUGACUGGCCUGAUGAGCUUUGUCGCAAGAUCUUGGCUAAUAUUGUGGCCGCCAUGCAGCCCGGCUAUAGCAAGGUGUUAGUGAACGAGAAUGUGAUUCCGGACACGGGGGCCUACUGGGAAACUACAAGUUUGGACUUGAUUAUGAUGGAGAUUGGAUCUGGCGAGCGUACAGAACGCCAAUGGCAUGCAUUGUUGGAAUCUGCUGGACUGAAAAUCGUCAAGAUUUGGACUGCCCAGAGGGGCGUGGAGAGUUUGAUUGAGUGUGAGCUAGCUUGA